AUGGAGAUCCGUUUUUCCCUGUUAGCCUUUCUCAUGCUGGAUCACGAAGCAGAAGAACCUCAGCUCUCAGACUGGUUUGAUCCUAAAAAACGUCCUGAUGUGAUAACAACAACUGACUGGCUUGCUCCAAUCAUAUGGGAAGAAACUUAUAAUAGACAGGUCCUGGAAAAAUACUACAAAAGGCUGAACAUUACCAUUGGCUUGGUUGUAUGGGCUACUGGAAAGUUUACAGGACAGUACCUGAAACAGUUCAUCCAAUCUGCUAAUAAGCACUUUAUGAUUGGCCACAAUGUUAUCUUUUACAUCUUGAUGGAUGACUUCUCCAGGCUACCUCCCAUAGUGUUAGGUCCCCUGCGAACAUUUAAACUAUUGAAUGUAUUACAAGAUAAAAUGUGGAAAGACUUUAAUGUCAUAUGCAUGAAGAACUUGAAUAUGUACAUCAUAGAACACAUCCAGCAUGAAGUUGACUUUCUCUUCAGUAUGAGCAUGAACCAGAUUUUCAAGCAUGACUUCGGAGUGGAAACCCUGGGCAAAUCUGUAGCUCAACUUCAUGCAUGGUGGUACUUUGAAAAUGCCAGAAAUUUCCCUUAUGAAAGAAGGUCUAAAUCAGCAGCUUUCAUCCCUUUUGGAAAGGGAGAUUUCUAUUACCACAGUGCCAUUUUUGGUGGCACACCCCAUGAGGUUUUGACCUUCACUGUAGAAUAUCAAAAAGGAGUAAUUGAUGACAUCAAAAAUGAACUUAACAGCACAUAUGAACAUCACCUAAACAAGUAUUUUUUUAUCAAUAAGCCCACUAAGUUGUUAUCACCAGAAUACAAUUGGGAUCCAACUUUUAGAACUCCUCCACAAAUUAAAAAUAUUAAGAUAGUAUGGCAGCCAAAAAGGAUUUGA